AUGACUGAAAAAAGCAGCGUCUCCUUCCGAGCAGAGUACAAGACGGCUGUCGAGGGCCUUUUAGAAACACUCAGAUCCGAUCCAAAGUCCACCUACUCAUCCACUGAUCUCACGGAGCUCAGGGUCACCCUUGAAGCGUUCAACCCUGAAGAUCCAGGCUUCAUUGCGUUGCACGCCUGUCUAUUCAAGCCUUCAGUCCGAGGAACUCCAAAAUUUCAUCUUUGA